CUGCACUCCUAACUUAAGCAUUUAUUCCACUGGGAUAGAAGCGGCAGGAGCAGCGUUGGCACCGGCGAACCAUGGCUGGGAUUUUCUAUUUCGUCCUCUUUUCGUUUCUCUUUGGGAUUUGCGACGCUGUCACCGGUUCUAGGGUAUACCCCGCGAAUGAAGUUACUUUAUUGGAUUCCAGAUCUGUUCAGGGAGAGCUUGGGUGGAUAGCAAGCCCUCUGGAAGGAGGGUGGGAGGAAGUGAGCAUUAUGGAUGAAAAAAACACACCGAUCCGAACCUACCAGGUGUGCAACGUGAUGGAAGCCAGUCAGAACAACUGGCUGCGAACUGACUGGAUCACCCGAGAAGGGGCGCAGAGGGUGUAUAUCGAGAUUAAGUUCACUCUGAGAGACUGCAACAGUCUUCCGGGCGUCAUGGGGACUUGCAAGGAGACGUUUAACCUGUACUACUACGAAUCGGACAACGACAAGGAGCGCUUCAUCAGAGAGAGCCAGUUUGGCAAGAUUGACACCAUCGCGGCUGAUGAGAGCUUCACCCAGGUGGACAUUGGUGACAGAAUCAUGAAGCUCAACACUGAGAUCCGGGAUGUAGGGCCCCUGAGCAAGAAGGGCUUUUACCUGGCCUUUCAGGGUGGGGCUUGCAUCGCCCUGGUGUCUGUCCGUGUGUUCUACAAGAAGUGUCCACUCACUGUUCGAAACCUAGCCCAGUUUCCUGACACCAUCACGGGGGCCGAUACCUCUUCGCUGGUGGAAGUUCGAGGCUCUUGUGUCAACAACUCUGAAGAGAAGGAUGUGCCAAAAAUGUACUGUGGGGCAGAUGGCGAAUGGCUGGUACCCAUUGGCAACUGCCUAUGCAAUGCUGGGCAUGAGGAGCAGAAUGGUGAAUGCCAAGCUUGCAAAAUUGGAUAUUACAAAGCCCUCUCCACGGAUGCCACCUGCGCCAAGUGUCCACCCCACAGCUACUCCGUCUGGGAAGGAGCCACCUCGUGCACCUGUGACCGCGGCUUCUUCCGAGCCGACAACGAUGCCGCCUCCAUGCCCUGCACCCGCCCGCCAUCUGCUCCCCUCAACUUGAUUUCAAAUGUCAAUGAGACGUCGGUGAACUUGGAAUGGAGCAGUCCUCAGAACACAGGUGGCCGUCAGGACAUUUCUUACAACGUGGUCUGCAAGAAAUGUGGAGCCGGUGACCCCAGCAAGUGCCGGCCCUGUGGAAGUGGAGUUCACUACACGCCACAGCAGAACGGCCUCAAGACGACCAGAGUCUCCAUCACCGACCUCCUAGCACACACCAAUUACACGUUUGAGAUCUGGGCAGUGAAUGGAGUGUCUAAAUAUAACCCUAGUCCGGACCAGUCAGUGUCUGUCACCGUGACAACCAACCAAGCAGCACCAUCAUCCAUUGCCUUGGUCCAGGCUAAAGAAGUGACAAGAUACAGCGUGGCUCUGGCUUGGUUGGAACCAGAUCGACCAAAUGGAGUAAUCUUAGAGUAUGAAGUCAAGUAUUAUGAAAAGGACCAGAAUGAACGAAGCUAUCGCAUAGUGCGGACGGCUGCUCGGAACACAGAUAUCAAAGGCCUGAACCCUCUGACUUCCUAUGUGUUCCACGUGCGAGCCAGGACUGCCGCUGGCUAUGGAGACUUCAGCGAGCCCUUGGAGGUCACUACCAACACAGUGCCUUCCCGGAUCAUUGGAGACGGAGCCAAUUCCACUGUCCUGCUGGUGUCCGUCUCCGGCAGUGUGGUGCUUGUGGUCAUUCUCAUCGCGGCUUUCGUCAUCAGUCGUAGACGGAGUAAGUACAGCAAAGCGAAACAAGAAGCAGAUGAAGAGAAACAUUUGAAUCAAGGUGUUAGAACUUAUGUGGAUCCCUUUACCUACGAAGACCCCAACCAGGCAGUUCGAGAAUUUGCCAAAGAAAUCGAUGCAUCCUGCAUUAAAAUUGAAAAAGUCAUAGGAGUCGGUGAAUUUGGAGAAGUCUGCAGUGGGCGUCUCAAAGUGCCAGGCAAGAGAGAGAUCUGUGUGGCCAUCAAGACUCUGAAAGCUGGAUAUACUGACAAGCAGAGGCGGGACUUCCUGAGCGAGGCCAGCAUCAUGGGACAGUUUGACCACCCAAACAUAAUCCACCUGGAAGGCGUUGUCACCAAAUGUAAACCAGUAAUGAUCAUAACGGAGUACAUGGAGAACGGCUCUUUGGAUGCAUUCCUCAGGAAGAAUGAUGGCCGAUUUACAGUCAUUCAGCUAGUGGGCAUGCUCCGUGGCAUUGGGUCUGGGAUGAAGUAUUUAUCUGAUAUGAGCUAUGUGCACCGAGACCUGGCUGCUAGGAACAUCCUGGUCAACAGCAACUUGGUCUGCAAGGUGUCUGAUUUCGGCAUGUCCAGGGUGCUUGAGGAUGAUCCCGAAGCAGCCUAUACUACCAGGGGCGGCAAGAUUCCUAUCCGGUGGACUGCACCAGAAGCGAUUGCCUAUCGGAAAUUUACAUCAGCCAGUGAUGUCUGGAGCUACGGAAUCGUUAUGUGGGAAGUGAUGUCAUAUGGAGAGAGACCGUACUGGGAUAUGUCCAAUCAAGAUGUGAUUAAAGCCAUCGAGGAAGGCUACCGGCUACCCCCACCCAUGGACUGCCCCAUUGCCCUCCAUCAGUUGAUGCUGGACUGCUGGCAGAAAGAGAGAAGCGACAGGCCGAAGUUUGGGCAGAUCGUCAACAUGUUGGACAAACUCAUCCGCAACCCCAACAGCUUGAAGAGGACAGGGCCGGAGAGUUCCAGACCAAACACAGCCUUGUUGGACCCCAGCUCCCCUGAAUUCUCGGCUGUAGUAUCAGUGGGCGACUGGCUGCAGGCCAUCAAAAUGGACCGGUAUAAGGAUAACUUCACAGCCGCCGGGUACACCACGCUAGAAGCUGUGGUUCACAUGAACCAGGAUGACCUGGCGAGAAUUGGCAUCACCGCAAUCACACACCAGAAUAAGAUUUUAAGCAGUGUCCAGGCAAUGAGAACGCAAAUGCAGCAGAUCCAUGGCAGGAUGGUCCCUGUCUGAGCCAGUACUGAAUAGACUCCAAACUCUUGAAAUUAGUUUACCUCAUCCAUGCACUUUAAUUGAAGAACUGCACUUUUUUUACUUGUCUUCGCCCUCUGAAAUUAAAGGAAAAAAAAAAAAAAAAAGAUCUGCAGCAUUGCUUGGUGUAUGAGAUUGCCGAAACCUUGGGGCUUACGUGAAUGACCUUGAUCAUCCAUCGGAUUUAAACCUGGAGCCAGUAAUUUCUCAGAAGUACUCUGUCCAUCGCGGGUGUGUAUAAGAUACAUGUACUUAUCUAGAUAAAAACUCUGCCUGAGUUGCGAUGCUGUGUUUCCUGUUACAUACCGGGGUUUUGAAGUCACCUUAAUCCUCCCUCUGUUUGGAGUUGCAACCGAAAGAUUUUGUCUGUGGCAUCGACUAUGGUCGUCACUCCUUGCUGGAAUGAAGAAACGCCGUGGCCCAGGAGCAUUGUUGAAGGACCCACAGGUGGCUGUCAGGGCUGGGUUCAGACCACGGAAUAAAAUCCAGGCGGAAGCCACGUGACCCAUCUGUGCUGCCUCUUCAGUGCCCAGGACAGCUGGUGGAUUUCAGACAUGGGGGCUGGGAAGAAAAUGAAAAUGGAUUUUUUUUUUUUAAAUGAAAACUCCCAAGCCCUAUUUCCCCUGAGUGGACAAAUGAGUCUCUUUGGGCCUGAGGCUGUGCCAUAUGAAGUCUUAUUUGGGAAUGCUACAAACUUAAUCAUAACUACCUUAUGGAUAGUGGGCUGUGACAAUCCUGAGUCGAGAAAUUUCACACUCUCCCUGUUUUAAAGAGGCAACUCCCAAAUUUACAAGGGAAUAGAUUCUGCUAUCUCAGCCUCACAGCCCUUCCUGUUGAUUACAAAGCCCUUGGGAAAAAAAAAAAAAAA